GGCCCCGCGGACGGCCGGCUGCUGCCCGGCGACCGGCUGGUCAAGAUCAACAACGUCGCCGUGGACGACCUGACCCCCGAGCAAGCUGCCGAAAUAAUCAGGGAGUCUCAAGACACACUGACCAUGACGGUCCUCAGAAUAAUGCACGGCCCAAAGUCUUCCUUCAUCACUCCGGAGAAGCGGGCCAAGCUCCGGUCCAACCCGGUGAAGGUCCACUUCGCAGAGGAGGUGGAGGUCAACGGUCACUCUCAGGGGAACUCGCUGCUCUUCCUGCCGAAUGUGCUGAAGGUGUAUCUGGAGAAUGGGCAAACCAAGGCCUUCAAAUUUGAGUCCAGCACCACGGUGAAGAAGAAGGAGGCCCAUGACUACAGGUGUCUGUUCCGGGUUUGCUUCAUGCCCAAAGACCUCCAGAGGCUGCUGAAAGAUGACCCCGUGACCUUUGAGUACCUCUACCUGCAGGGCGUGAACGACGUGCUGCAGGAGCGCUUCGCCGUGGAGAUGAGGUGCAACACGGCCCUGCGGCUGGCCGCGCUGCACAUCCAGGAGCGGCUGGUCAGCUGUGGACAGUCCCCCAAAGCCAACCUGAAGACCAUCACGAAGACCUGGGGAAUAGAGAACUUUGUGUCGUCCACCCUGCUGAGGAACAUGCGGGAGAAGGACCUGAGGAAGGCCAUCGGCUACCACAUGAAGAAGAGCCAGUCGCAGCAGGACCCCAAGCUGAAGAACAUGUCCGUGGACCAGGCCCGGAUCCACUACCUGGAGGAGCUGAGCGAGCUCAAGUGCUUCGGGGGGAAAUCCUUUGGUGCCACCAUGAUGCUCCAGGACCGGGAGUCCAUGGUGACCCUGCUGGUGGGAGCGCGCUACGGGGUCAGUCAGGUGGUCAACCACAAGCUGAGCAUACUGACCACCCUCACCGAGUUCUCCAGCAUCACGCGCAUCGAGCUGCUGCCCGAGUCCGAGAAAGUCAGCCUGGUCAAGAUCUACCUGCAGGACAUCAAGCCCAUCACGUUGCUUUUGGAGGCAGCGGCGGCCAAAGACCUGUCCUGCCUGAUAUCGGGCUACUGCCGCGUGUUUGUGGACCCCAGCCUCAACAUCUUUCCCUGGAUGGACGACAAGAGGCACCGAGUGUCUGCAGAGGAAGGUUACGUGUCUCGGUGUGGAAGCGACUCCGACUCCUCCUCGGACCUGGACGCGGAGCCGCUGCUCAGCCUGGCGUCCCAGGACGACAGGCCCCGCCCACGCGUGCGCUCGUCCUCCGACCCGGACGGCCGGAAACGGAAAGACCGGCACCGGUGGAGAACCAGGGACGGCCGGGAGAAGCUGGACAAAGCCCGGGAGGGCCCCAAGUGCCCGGAGGAGAAGGACGCCGGCACCGAAAAGGAGACGGUUCCCCCGGAGACGAACGGCGAGGAGCCGGUCCAGAUCCAGAUAGUGGACGGCAACCCGCAGGGACAAAAAGGCGGAGGGGCGGCGGAGGAGCCGGUGUCUGUGUCCGAGGCCUCCGACUCCUGUCAGACGGACUCCCGCGUCCUCACCAGCCCCUCCAGCGACUCCCUGGACGCCCUGGAGGAAGACGACCUGGUCUCCUGCUCCUCUUCCUCCGCCCGCCCCUCCUCACAGACGAACUCCUGCCCCCCCCUCCCCCUCCAGCUGCACCCCCCCUCGGACCGUUCUGCCCAUCCUCACUUCCUGCUCCCUCCCCCCGCCCACUCGCACCCCCUCAUCCAGCUCCCGGCCGUGGGCAGGCCGGGAGGAAGAGGAGGCUGCAGGAGGUCGGGCGACGGGGCGGACCCCCGCCUCCUGGCGCCCGGCUUAGGCUCCGCCCCCUCGCCGCUCGGCCCGGACGACAGCUCCUUGUGCUUCGCCGAGCUCUCCCUGCUGGUGGACCUGCUGCCCAGCCCGCCCGAGGCCAGCGAGGAGGAGGACGAGGAGGAGGAGCAGGAGGAGGACAGGAGGGAGAGCGGCGGCGGCGUGCGGAGAGCGGCGGGCGAAGGGGGCGGGGCCUCCGCCUCGCCGUCCUCGCCCUCCUCCCACUCGGACUUCGUGUUCAGCUUCAGCCAGAGCGACGCGCGCUGCUACUACAGCCUCUGCUCCAACAUCACCCCCGACAGCGCCCGCAGCCUGCCCCGCCCACAGCACCUGGAGCUGCGGGGGGGCUGGGGGGAGGGGGCCCAGGAGGCCCGGGAGAACCAGGACAACCAGGAGAACCAGGGGGACCAGGGGGACCCGGAUGCCCAGGAGGACCCGGAGCCCGUCCCCAUCCUCCACCCGCCCCCCGGCUUUGGGGACAGCAGCUCGGACGAGGAGUUCUUCGACGCCAGGGACCGUUUCACCUCACCUGAGGACCCCACGUCGGGCGCCGUGCCCAGAGAUGCUCGCACCCGGAUGAGGCUGGGCCUCCUCGGCACGCUGAGCCUGAACGACAUCAGCGUGUCGGUGGAGGACGGUGAGCCGGCCGCUGACCGGAGGCCGGCGCCGGAGGAGGAGGGGGGCGGCCGGGAAACGCUGCUGCACCUCCGGAAAAGGUCCCGGAAGCGCCGCUCCUUCAUGGAGACCGACUUCACCUCCCGGGUGACGUAUCCGUAUCCGGACCCGGAUCCGGAAUCCAAGCACAACCCGACCUCCGACCGGCUCCUCGGACACGUCUCGGCCGGGGUGAACCACGGCCAGAUGCUGGCCUCGGACCCGGAGCCCUCCGAGCAGAGCCAGAACCCGAGUCCCACCGUCUCCUCGCUCACGCACGCCGAGGGGGAGCCGGCCCAGCUGGAGGCCAAACCCAUCCCCUCCAAAGCCCACCCCCCGGGGCCGGACCUGAAAUCCCCCUCCAGGAAACAGGAGAUGGAGAUGGAGCCGGACACCAUGGAGUCCAAAUCGGUGACGGACCUGGUGGCGGCGGCCCCCCCCACCAUCACCGUGGUCCGCUGUCGGGUGGACCCGGACGGGAAGGAGAGCGCCGACCGGCGGGGCGACGGAAAGGAGGAGGGGGAGGGACGGGACGGGGCGGGGAAGGAGGACCCGUCCAGCCUGAAAGGGCCGUUCUCCAGCCACAUAGGAGCGAGCAGGGGGGGGGGCAGGACAGAGGGCCUGAGGGGACUUUCCCCCAGCGUGGAGAGGCCGCUUUUAGGGGCCGAGGCUCCGGCUUCCCGGUCGCCUUCCCCACAAAUAAACGCCCACGGGGAGGAUUUUAUACCCGGAUCCUGUCCUCCCCCUGCCCCCCCUCCGCCCUCCCCUCUGCCACCCGUCCACGACUCUGAAAAGGUGGAAACCGAGUCAGAACAGGAGGACGAGAGCCCAGAGGGAGGUGACCAGGCCCCCGACGCCCAGCCCCACCCAGCAGCGGCCCCCAGCAUGAAGGACGAGGAGGCCCCCGAAUCCACGGUAACGGACAGCACCAACUCUGACGACGUCUUCGAGGAUGAGGAGGACGAAGACGCUGAAUCCAGCUCCUCAAACGAUGGCUGGGGCGAUCAGAUGGAGGAGGGGGUCGCAUCUGCGAAGCGUCCGGAGUCUCCCCCGGACUCCGAGGCUCCGGCAGGAAGUCCGGUCAGCUCCCACUACACUCUGGCCAUCAACGCCAUCACGGCCAAGCUGGGCGCCGCCACCAGCAUCACGUCCCCGACCUUCACCUCAGGGCUGAAAACCGAGGCCCCGCCCCAGAGCGCCCCCCCGGAUCCAGUCCAGAGCCUGAGGAAGGCUCACACCCCCCACUUCCACGACGCCUCCAGGGAGCCGGCGGCCGCCGCCCACUUCCUGUUCCAGACCUGCUCGCCCGCCUUCAUGGGCCGGCUGUCCGCCUCCACGCUCAGGGGGAAGAUCCAGAGUCUGCCCCUGUAUCUGUCGCGCUCACAGGACGGCCUGAACCGGGCCGGGGAUGGGAGCCCCGCCCAGAGUCCCGCCCAAAGCCCCGCCCAGAGCCCCGCCCAGAGCCCGGCGGAGGGCGGCCAGAGGGGCCUCCCAGAGGUCACCAUCAGCGUGACGGACGUCCACGACGUCACGCAGACGCUGGACCUGGACGCCGGCGCGGAGGGGGACUCUGCCGAGUCGGACGAUUCGGACGCCACGCUGACCGGAUCCGAGACGAGCCCUCCUCUAGGUUUUCCCACCAAAACCAGCUCCCCUCUAGGUUCUCCUACCAAAACAAGCUCCUCAUUAGGUUCUCCUUCUAAGACGAACCCUCCUCUAGGUUUUCCCACCAAAACCAGCUCCCCUCUGGGUUCUCCAACUAAAACGAGCCCUCCCCCAGGUCCGGCCCCUCCCGCGGUGGUGGUGACGACGCAGAGCCUGAACGGGCCGGGCUUCCCCUUCCACGGUCAGUCUCAGAGAGUAGCGAAGGCCAGUAGUGAGAGGCCCCUAGUGGGGCUGUGUAGGCCCUGGGGGCAGCAGCCCGACUCACCGGGGGGGCUCUCCGCCGGCUGCAGGGUGUCCACCGUCUGCGAGGCUCCGGCCCGGGGGGGGGGGCCCGCCCCGCCGCUGAAGCCCGGCUUUGGCUGCGGCCCGGCGCUGGCGUCCGGGUGCGAGUCCCUGGCGGAGGGGGUGCAGCCCCCCCUGGAGGCCUGCGGCUGCCCACCCGCCUACACCAACUGCUUCGGGGGGGAGGAGGACGCCUUCGACGAGGAGCUGACCGUCUACGAAUCUCCGCCGGGGGCCUCCCCCUCAUCACCUCCCCCCCCCCCCCCCCCUCCUUCCCCCCCCCCCCCCUCCGCCCACUCCCCCUCCUUCCCGCGCUCCAUCCUCUUCUCCUCCGAGCUCAGCCCCCUGCUCUCGCCCUUAUCCACCGACCCAGACCCAGACCCCCUGGGCCAACUGGGCCGGGGGGAGUACCCGGACCCCCCCGGGGGCUUCCAGCUGCUCCGCCUGGACGUGGACAAGCUGCUGGGGGCCCUGGAGGGCGGGCCGGCCGACCGCCGCGGCGGGCGCCACCCGCGGGACGCCUGCCCCCGCCACUUCACGGAGAGCAAGCGGCUGCUGCAGCUGGAGGCGCGGCGGCUGACGGCGGGCUGCCAGCGGGCGGCGGCCGGCGGCCAGAGCCCCCCCGACAUGCUGCGGGCGCUGGCCGGCAGCUUCCGCACGCUGGUGGAGCUGGCCGGCGUCUGCCUGCGCCUCUCCGGCUGCCAGCGCUGCGACCGCCGCAACGGCGAGGCGGCGGCCGGCCUGGCCGACGUGGCGCGGGCCUUCCGGGACUUCUGCCUGGCGGCGGAGCGCGCCAGCGGCCGCCGCGGCUGCCGGGACCUCAGCCGCAAGCUGCUGGCCAAGCAGUGCACGGCGCUCACCGCCUCCUCCCAGUAUCUGCUGAUCUUCUCUGGAGAAGACGAUGAGGACAUCGGCCGUGGGGACUAUUUGAAUGUUGCUGUUUACAAAACCAAAAAAACUAGCGGGAGAAAGGAUCCGAGUCCAGCC